CUAUCCUUGAUUGAACGCUACGCCAAGCUACGAGUUAUUCAACAUGGCCGGCCAGGAAGACCCAGUGCAGAGAGAGAUUCACCAAGAUUGGGCGAAUCGAGAAUAUAUAGAAGUUAUUACGAGCAGCAUCAAAAAAAUCGCCGAUUUUCUUAACUCAUUCGAUAUGUCGUGUCGAUCCCGCUUGGCCACCCUCAAUGAGAAGCUGACAGCCUUGGAGAGGAGGAUUGAAUAUAUUGAGGCGAGGGUGACAAAGGGAGAAACCUUGACCUAGAACUCAUCAUGGAAAUUCAUAGCAUCCCCGAGUUACCUUCCCAUCCCCCACCCUGAUUUUUUGGGGCAAAGUGUGAUGGAUUCCACCCUCCUUUUUGGGGAUCAUGUGGACCAUUUUUAUAUUAUAUGGCUGAGUUUUGUGUUGUUUUCUCAUGACACAUUUGUAUAGAAGAUAUGGGUAUGUUAUGGAUGUCAGUGACUCAAGCAUAAUCAAUGUUACAAAACUAACAAAAGCUCUGUAAGUAUUGGUUUCAAAGAAUAUUGUGAAGCUCAAUUAUGGAUCUGGUAUCAGCACAACUUAUUGACCAUCUGUGUUCAGUGUCAUUACCACAUCAGCGAUUUAAGAGAGGGAACAUUCUUGUGUGCCAGCUUGAAAAAGUAAUUGUGUAGUCAUCUUUAUUAAGGAGCUGCUUGUACAGUGAACUGUUUGGUGAUGUUUCAGGAUUUGCAUACUGUAAUAAAGGAUAAACAGUG